GAGGGCCGGCGGGGCCAUGCUGCAGCUGCGGGACUCGGUGGAGUCGGCGGACACGAGCCCCGCGGCCGCGUGCCCGGAGGGCUUCCCGGCGGCGGCGGCGGCAGGGGGGGCGGGGGCGGCUCCCCCGCUCCCGCACACCCUGCGGCCCAUCAGCGUCCGGAACCCCACCCGCCGCGCCCGCCUCAAGGACUACUUCGUCUUCCGCCCUGGAACCAUUGAGCAAGCUGUGAAUGAGAUCCGUGUAGUUGUGUUGCCCAUGGAGGAUGGAGAGGUCCAGAGUGUGUGGCUUUUGGCAGAGGUUGACCACUGGAACAACGAAAAGGAGCGACUGGUCCUCAUCACAGACAAGUCCCUUUUGAUCUGUAAAUAUGACUUCAUUAGUCUUCAGUGCCAGCAGGUCAUCAGAAUCUCACUCAAUGCGGUCGACACGAUUUCUUUUGGAGAGUUUGAGUUUCCUCCUAAAUCCCUAAAUAAACGCGAAGGCUUUGGGAUUCGGAUUCAGUGGGAUAAGCAAAACCGCCCGUCCUUCAUCAACAGAUGGAACCCGUGGUCCACAAACAUGCCCUACGCCACGUUUACAGAGCACCCGAUGGCAGAUGCCGAUGAGAAGAUAGCCUCUCUCUGCCAACUGGAAAGCUUCAAAGCUCAGUUAAUCCAGGCCGUCAAGAAAGCUUAUAAGGAGUUCCCCUGCCCGGGCAGGGUCGACGGCGUGCUGGUCCUGGAGCGUCCUCUUCUCAUCGAGACCUACGUGGGACUGAUGUCCUUCAUUAACAACGAGGCCAAGUUAGGCUACUCCAUGACCAGAGGCAAAAUAGGCUUCUAGACGCCUGCCUUCGCCAGAGGACAGGACAGGGACAGCGGGCGAGGGAGUUGAACCCCGAUUUCGCAGAUGACUGAGAACCCACCCGGCGCCUCCAGCUCAAGGGGGUUUGGUGGUUAGUUAACCUCCGACCUGAGGAGUUUCACAACAGAAAAGCGAAUGACGGGUUUGAGUCAAAUGUUAGGCCCGGGGACUAGUUCUGCCCAAGAAAUCAUUCGAGAGCUAGUUCAGAGAUGACAUUUUAAAUAUUGGCUUAGUGCUUUCUCCCGCUGAGUGUUUUGACUUCUCAUUCUGUUUCCCAACGAAACCACUCUAGCAUGUUCAUGAAAUGACUUCCCUCUUAGAAAGAUAAGACCGAUGACCUCGGCUGGAUUCAUUAAGAUAUAGUCAACGGGAUAAUAAUGUUUCUAGUGCCUGUAGUUCCCAAAAUGUUUACUUACUGUCAGCUUUUUUUUCAUUUUAAAAAAAGCUUUCAAAUUUUCAUUCAUUCUUGAGAUGGAGGACAUUUUUUUUUUGUCUCGCUCUGCUGCCGAGAGCGUUUAAAAAAAUUAACCAUAAGACCAGACUUGUUAAGCCUGGCUAGGGAUUUUGCCCUUUUUUUGAAUAUGGAAUCAACGGUUUCUAUUUUUAAACUAUAAGCUUGGUCUAAAGUCAGAUAUCUUAGAAUUUACCUAUGUUCAUAUUUAUGGUAAAGUCAGACUUUCUAGAAUUUACCUAUCUUCUUAUUUAUGGAAUCUUUCGUAGGCCCAACGAGUUUUACGGAAAAAAGUCACUGCUGGGAUAAAAUGGUAGAUUUAAAAAUAUAUGUGAUUGUUCUUUGCACAUAAUGUUAUUGCCGUAAUGUGUUUGCCAUGUUCGUAUUUAUAAGGGAAUUAACUGUGCUCUUCCUUCAAAUAUUGCACUUACUUUAAAAAGUAACCUUGCUUGGGUAACCCUAGGCUGUUAAACCAGUUACCAGAAUGUGGAUGUAGCAAAGGAGCUUUAGUCAAAAUAUUGCACUUAACUCAUGGUCCCAAGCUUCGGCAUCACAGUCAGAAUACUGUAGUCCUUUGGCAAAGAUUCCCUGAAAAUGAAAUUAAGUAGACUCUCUGCUCCAAACAUAAAUUUGCUUGCUGUCAGACCAAAAGCAUUUGUUGGGUAACCUCCUUAUGGGCAGGGAUCAAGUCCACCAACAAUAUUGUGCUGUACUCUCCCAAACGCUUAGUACAGCACUCUGCACACAGUAAGCGCUCCAUAAAUACCAUGGAUCGAGCGACUGUGUAAAUUAGUUCAAUGCAGUCUAGUCCAGAAUUGGCUUUUGUGCAUUUGAAAACUUUAUGCCUUUUUAAAAAAGAAAGACUUCUCAUUGUUAACGUGUAUGAAGAUUGGCAUGUCUGUAUCUGGAAUGCAACAGGCUGCAUGUCCUUGAAUAGAUGGGCUCUUUUCUCAGACACCUGGGUGUCUAGCUUUUGUUUCUGAUCUUGCAGUAAAGACUGAACGUUUUACAA